UAACAAACAGCAAAUACAGAUGCGGCCAGCCCUCGGCGUUGAACGCAUCUGUGUCGACGAAACGAAAAGGAGAGCAGACAGCCAGGCACCUGUUGCACGGCACGCGCGCAGGACGCAUGGAGCAGCACGGAGCAGGAGUUAGGACGAACGGAAAGCUCCGCACCAGGAGGAGCAAGGCCAACGCCCGCGAGAGGCACAGGAUGCACGCCCUCAACGCAGCCCUCGACAGACUACGCAGUUGCAUGCCGGUGCAGUGCAAGUCUCACAAGCUGUCCAAGAUCGAGACGCUGCGUCUGGCGCGCAACUACAUCGUGGCGCUCUGGGCGGUGGUGCAGGGCGCCGACGACCCGCUGACAUUCGCACGCACCCUUUCGCAGGGCAUCAGUCAGUCAACGUGCAACCUGAUUGCCAAUUCGCUGCACGCCAGCCUGCGACACCUGCGCCUCAACGACCGGGAGGACGCCCCCCUGCUCAUUGUCAGCAGUCUUGAUGAGCCGCAGGACAAGCAGGAUUUGCCCGCGCCCUUCUGCGCCAACCCUUUGGACGCCUUCAUGUACGACUGGUCGUGAUCUAUUUUUGU